GCGUGAGGGCUCCGCGCGGACAUCCUGGGGGACAUUCGCGCCUUCAACAAAGUUCAUUACCGUUCCGGGGCCGUAAGCGUGUGCGCGUGUUUGAUUCAUUUCUGCAGUGUGAGUUUUCAUUUUUUUGCUUGCAACCCUUUUUUCCCACCUCGAACUAUAUUCUGAACCCGGGUCCAGCCCGGUUCCGGUCGGGGUGAUGAAGGUUGACGACGGCGAUGGCGGGCCGCGUGCAAAUUCCGACGACGGCCUCAUAAAACACCUCAAGCCGCUGUAUUUAGUGUCGAAGGUGCUUUCGCUGAGUCCGUUCCGGCUGAUUUAUGGCCCCAAUAAAGGAGCCCGGCCGUCCGUCCCGGGCACGGUCCAGUCCCUGGCGGCGCUCGUCCUGUACGGCAGCUUCCAUCUCUACAGUAAUUACAAUGACGACUUCAACGGGAGCAACAGCGGUGCUGGGAGUGGCGGCCAGGGAGCAACACUUCCGGUCAACGGAACGGCGCCGAACGGCGAGGGAGGAAACUUUGUGUCGGUGAUGAUUGACGUCUACAGUCGGUACUCGGGCCUCGGACUGUACUGGGUGCUGGUCGCAGGUGCCAUCGGAAACCAACGGAUUCUCGUGGCCAGCGUGGGGACGCUCGUAGAAGUGGACGAGAUUUUCGAGCGCCAGCUGGGGAUUAGUGUUAACAACGCGCGUUGGAAGAGACUCAUUUGCAUCCAAACGGCGCUCAUUGCCGGGCUGAUCGGGGUUUUCGAGUGGUUCAACUGUUUAAUGUAUCUGAGCGAUUACCAGCCCGCGUCCGAGUUCUGCCUGCCGCAGUGCUACAUCACCCUGAUAACCAGUGUCGUGGGCGAGUCCCAGUUUGUCGGUUACGUCAAACUGCUCGAAAUGCGUUUGCAGCUCAUCAACCAACUUCUGGCGCGGCUUAACGAGCUGGACGAGCGGGGCGAAAUUAUUCAAAGCAUUAAAAAUUUAUACUCACAUUUGCAUUUAUUAUCGCUCAAUAUGAAUAAAGCGUACGGCGUGCAGUUGAUUUUCACGCUGGCAACACUGUUCAUCACCGUGACGACCCUGCUCUACCACUGCACCAUGAAAGCAAUCAGGCUUUUGCUGCGCCAUCCCGCGACGAGUGAGGACGCGGUUCAACGCGCCUGGACGCUGCUGAGUGGACUUCUGUGGGCCAUGGUUUGCGCGUAUCGGGUGUUCCGAAUCUGCAACAGUUGUAACUCCGCCAAAAACGAGGCUCAACAAAUUGGGUGCCUCAUCCACGGCCUGGGAAUACACUCGAAAUGCAGCGACACCAAAGCUAUGGUGAAGCUGCUUUCAUUGCAACUGCUGCAGCAAAGAGUGGAUUUCACCGCAUGUGGACUGUUCAGCAUCGACCAUGGAUUGAUCUUCAAUAUGGUUGGAUCAGUAACCACUUACAUAUUGAUUCUGUUACAAUUUGAUAUUGCGCAAAACAAGUCUGACUGGCAAAUGGUGCCACAGUAAAUAUCAAUAUCAAAUUUAAUUAAUCAUUUGA